AUGCAGGCCCCCCAGCUGUCUCCUGAGUUCUCCGGUCCCUUGCCUUUCCCUGCCUGCUGCAGGACUCAACCUGAGGAGGAGGAAGUGCCCAGCUGCACCCUGCCCCUGAGCACCUGCUGGGCACAGCUGUUUGCCCGGCAGAGACAGGUUGUUCUUGCCAAGACCAAGUUGCCUCUCAUGCUGGCCUCCCAGAGCGGGCUUGCAGGAGCCGUAGCUGCUGGCCUGGGUGGCAAAGCAGGGCUUCUGGGGCUCCAGCCACCACUCCGGCGUUGCACAGCAAGUCACGCAGAAGGACUCCAGCCUCUGUGGGCCCUGCGCCUCUUUGGUCUUCCUCGAAACGCCUUGGGUUAUGCCAAGCUGUCUGUAACUAGAAGCUAUUACAGGGGCGCGGCCGGGGCACUUUUGGUCUAUGACAUCACAAGCAGAGAGACUUACAAUGCCUUGACCAACUGGCUAACAGAUGCCCGGACUCUAGCCAGCCUCAAUAUUGUUAUUAUUCUGUGUGGCAACAAGAAGGAUUUGGAUGCUGACCGGGAGGUCACCUUUUUGGAAGCUUCUCGUUUUGCUCAGGAGAAUGAACUGAUGUUUCUUGAGACCAGUGCCUUGACUGGAGAGAAUGUAGAAGAAGCUUUCCUAAAGUGUGCACGGACCAUACUGAAUAAAAUUGAAUCAGGUGAGCUUGACCCGGAGAGGAUGGGCUCGGGUAUCCAGUAUGGGGAUGCGUCUUUGCGGCAGCUGCGGCAGCCCCGGAGCAGCCAGGCACAGACUCGGCAGCAGUGCACCUGCUAGGGCCAGGAUCCCACGGGCUUGGGAGCGCUUGCAAGUGCCGGAACCCUGCUGCUCGGGACCCAGGGCUGCGCGAAGCCUCUUCUUUUGUUUGGCUCUCCAGAGCAACAGGCCUCGGGGGCUGAAGACCCCUGCCGUGCCUCUGUGCUGUCGCUGCCAUUGCUGCUUCCGUCCCCUUUGCUUGCCUCCCGUCCUAAGGAGAAACGUCAUGAGUUCGGCUCUCAGGCUCCCUAGCGGAAGGUUUGCACUGGCGGCUGUGGGCUCUCUUUAGGCCAAGUCCCUGCAUCCGCCCCCUUGUGCACUGCUGCUCCCCAAAGGUGGGGGGCGCUCCCUAGAGGGUGUGGAGCCUUCUUGGCCCCAUGCAGUAAUUGCUUCUGCACUCCGUAGCUGCUUGCAGCUGAAAGGCAGCCCAUCAUUCUGAUUUGGAAGAAGAUGUCUCUCCCUUCCGAAAUGCUGAAUUUCUCUACUUUCCUCCCCUUCUUUAAACCCUUGGUUUGUUUCACGUUGCGUCUAAUUUCAGUCUGCUUCUAGAAGUUGAGGUUGGGGGCAGGUCAGAGCACAGUUGUGGCAGUGGACAUUUUGGCUUUGGCCUUGUCUGUAGCAUCUCCAGCACUCCUCUUCGCAGGGCGGGGUCCAGGGCGAGCACAUCUCCCCUCCGUCUCCUUCACUUGUGCAGGGAUUGUGGGGGGCUGCCGUUUCCAUGCCUUCGUUCCGCCUUCUGGGCGCCUCUUCUGCUUGGCCAAUGCCACGGCCUGCCCAUAUUGCAGGCCCUCGCCACCCCUCUCUUUUCCUGGGGCUGCAGCAGCUGGGCCAGCCCAGGCCAGUGGGCAGAUCGGGUUGGUGUCCUGGGGUUUGUUUUUUUGGCAUGGGGUUGAUGGAACGAGAAGUGCUCUCUUCUGGCAAUUUCUGUGAGCUCUUUCCUGGCUGAUUUGCUCUAGCCUGAAUCCACAGCAAGGAACCCAAAGCUUCCGAAGAAGAAUCGCUGCUUCUCUGCUGGUGUGGGAAGCAGCAGGGAUAUUUGGGUCCCCACUUGAGAUGCUGACAGCCAUCUGUUUGGGUGAGCUUGGAUUCCUGCACGUUGUCAAGUGUUGCAAGAAGUCUGUAUCUUUAAAACCUUUGACCAGGCACCACCGUGAAAGGCCUGUGAGAGUCGAAAGCCCGGGAGUUGACAAAGCACCUUCCACCUUUAAAGAGCACGGUUCUUGGUUCUUGGAUUUUGUCGUAAAGUGUGGGGAAAAAAAUCACAAGGUCAUUGAAUUACCCACAACCCUUUAAUCCUGUGGCCAGCGCUACCAGGCCUGCUAUGCGUGGUCCCUCUGCAACUAAAGCUGUUUGGGUCCCAGAGGUGAUGGUUUGGUGGGCAAGUCUGAGGAGCGAGAUGGCAGGGGGGAUUUAGAGGCCCUUCCUGUUAGCAGCCACUUCUGAUAAUGGACGAUUGCACCCCUGAUGCAGGGAGGAUAGCUGCUCUGAGUUGGGGAAAUUCUCCUCCCCUUCCCCCCCCCCACAUUCCUAGUUUUAUAGUCACAUAUGGGAAGGUGAGAAUCUGAUCUGGAAAGCGGGGUCUGUCUCUGCUUUCUGCUAGAAUAUAGGAGCUGCUGCUUCUUGGGUGCUGUAUUGGUUGAUUUGGGAAGGUUUCACUUCCUCUCUGGCUUUCUUCCAGCUGUGCCCUCCCUCUUCCACCUUCAAAACAAAACAAAAAAAAAAAAAGGAAGAGGAAAAAGGGAUCUAGUUUAGAUUUUAUUUUUAAGCGUAAUGUUUACCUUUGUUAUUUAUUACUUCUGUGUUAAGGGCAGAAACACUGUCACUUUGUAUUUGUCGUCCCUACUUUCGUUGCCCCAACUCAACGGCUUUUGCAGAUAGCCUCUUUUUGGUUCUGGUUUGAUUCCCUUAUGCUUUGUGGAAGGAUGGGGGCAGGUCCUUUGGGCAAAGGAUUGCUUUCAAUCUAGAGUCGAACAGCUGACAGUUAUAAGCCGUUUGUAACCUAGUUCUUCCAGUUUAUUUUUUUCCUUAAAUGCAAACAUUCCCUCCAACUUUAAGGCUGUGAAACUAAUUCUCCUACAUAAAAUGUUUUUUUUUUCUUUUACAAAUGUCAGAAUGGUGAUGCCCUUUUCUUUUGGAAGCAGUUCAUAUAUGCUCACUAAGUAGCAGAAGAGCACAGGAGGCUACUCAAAUGUAGGGCAGGCUGCUGGCAGGACGGAAAUAAGCGUCCGUCGUGGGGGAAGAUUCCAGGCGGUCUCUGGGCUGCCACUCCUUCUGUUAAGGAGUCCGUUUCUAACAGUGGCUGGUCACAUACCUGCCUUGGGAAUCUCGUGCGUGGGGCCGUAAGAUAGCUGCUCUCCCCUUCUCUCUCGUGAGUGAAGCUGGGUCAGGCAUAGGACGUGUCUAGGCAAAGCUGGAGGAGAGUGGACCCUCGGCUUCCCUUCCCCGGAACUUCCCUCAAGAGGUCCCGGUGCUGCUGUGUGUCCAGCGUGCCUUCUGCUGGUGGGAGUUGUUUUCUCCAUGAUUUCUGUCACCUUCUUGUAAAACCAUGGUUGCUGCAAGGUGCAGAAGGAGGCCCUUGUCUCUCCGCACAAAAAGCUAAGCUCCCUCCCCCGUAUCACACUCUUUCCUCAACGGAGGCGCUGGAGAUUUUCCACUAGUGGGCAGCUCAGGCUUGGUUGUUGCCGAACCAUUUGCCCAAUGUCCCUGCACAUAUUUGCGUGCAAGACGUAAAAACAUUCCCUAGAUUGGUGGUGGAAAAUUCACCCAAUAAACACCCGUAACGAGAGGAUCCAAACGAUUGUUUUAUUUUCCAAAGGUAGCUGGGUACAGUGAGUCCCUGGUCUCUUGCUCCCGGAUGAGGCAAGAGCAAGACCUCCCAAGUACCAUGGGUCUUAAGUGGAAGGUUGGUGCAAGACACUUGGAGUGUGCAUGUGUGUUAAUAGGAGGCUCUAAUAGAGAGAGAAUCGCUUUGCAAUUGGUAAGAUGGCUCUAAGGGAGAAAUGGGUAUCUUUCAUGGUGUAAAAAUAUGACUGAUACACCCUUUGCAGUGCACCAUGGCAGCUUUCACAUAGGAGAGUUGUCAAGGUUGUAAUUAUUAUUCUAACAAGCUGACCCUGUACUUUGCCACAGAAAGAGGGAGAGAUAAGGAAGCACCAGAUCCUGGACUCCGCUGUCUUCGUUCUGGACACAAAUUCUGUAGCUUUUUAAAAACAAAUCAACAUUGUAACAAGAAUUCCUUAUUUAAAGAAGCCAUCAACUGAAAAGAUAUAUGCAAUACCAUAUAAAAGAAUAGUUAUGUAAUAGUAUACUUAAUUCAAGCUAAAUUCUUAUUCCAAUUUUCCACAGUUUACAUGCAUUAUCAUAUUUCUUGCCUGUAAUUGAACAGAAGUUCAGAACACAAACAGAAAAAGUAAAUUGGAAAACAGUAUCCAAAAAUAAAGAGCAAUGAUUAAAAGA